AUGGUAUGCAGUUUUUUGCCUUCCAGAACGGCCCUGGCAUGUUGCAGCUUGCGCUGGCUUCUCGCACUGCUUCUCCUGCUACUGCAGGAACGAACCGUGACAUCGAUUGGGACUGGCAUUCCUCCAGAGCGAGUCAGCUCAUUAGCAGGUGAGAUCACGCUGUACCUACAAACUCCGACAGAUGCUGUUGAGUGCGAGCUCUUCCGAGACAGUGGCGUUGGGGAUCAGCCUCGCUUCGAGGUCUACAGGGGCCCGUGCGAGGUUGCUGUGAGGGUUGACGGCUUGCAAGUGGACCGGAACUACCAGUUCCAAGCUCGCGGUAUUGAUGCGUCUGGACUUGAAGGUGGACGCAGCGAGAUCGUAAGCUUCAUCAGUGCUGGAGUUCCUGAAUGGCAAGGGCUGCUGCCGGCGUUGGAGAAGGUUGGCUCUGACAACAUCAAGCUCAUUUGGCCCGUGCCCGCCAACGGUGGCUCGCCGAUUCUGGGUUAUCACGUUGACAUCGAGGCAAAUGGUGACGGAAGUUGGGAGCGCAUCUACGAUGGUACAAAUCAGCCGUCGCAGCAUACCUUCACGGCUACCGGACUACAUGCCUCACUGACGUACCAUUUCCGUGUUUAUGCAGAAAACCGAGUCGGCUUCAGCAGCUUUACAGAGGCUUCAGUACGGAUCUCCGACCUCAUGGCUGCCGAUGAUGCCAGACCCGAGGGCGUGCCGGUGUCGCUGAGUGCGGAUGUGGAGUACACUGCGAGAAUUCGAUCAGUUGACCCUGUCACCAAGCUGGACGAGUCAGUGGGCGGCCGGCGCUUCAUCCUGUCGGUGCAUGAUGUGUGCGAGAUGGACUCCACCGGCGCCGUCUGCGUUCGGGUGGCGCAGCCGCACCCGGAAGUCGCUCCAGAUGUUUUGGGGCAGCCAAUUUGCUGUACUCAUUCCGUGGACUUAGACAGCGGAAUCUACCGCUUUGAUUACACUCUGCGGAAGGCGGGGAAGUACUCUCUUCUGGUCCAAGCCAUCGAACCAGGAGGUUUACUUGGACAGUACUGGGACAACCAGUGGCUCUACGGCAUGCCAGUGGUCACUCGACAGGACCCUGAGCUGAGCUUCGAUUGGGGCCUGGGCGCCAUCGCCCUCUACGCCUCCGACUUCGUAUCGGUGCGGUGGACAGGUUUCGUGUUGCCCGAGUAUUCGGAGACCUACACAUUCUAUGUACGCGCCGAUGAUUCUGCCAGGCUCUGGGUGAACGGAGUUCUCCUUUUCGACAAGUGGGAUGAGUGCUGCCAGGAGUUCUGGGGGCACAUCGCUUUGACGGCUGGAGAGCUGGCCUCCAUCCGCUUGGAGUUCCGAGAGGUCGCUGGCAACGCGUCUCUCAACAUGGAGUGGGCCUCCUUCUCGACCCCUCGAGGUCACAUCAGUCCUGGCCAGCUGUUCAAGGGCCCGGUCAUCAACGGAGCACCUGUUCUGCUGGAGGUGGCCACCGGAGCCGUCAACGCGCAGAACAGCGUGGCUUUCGGUGAAUUCCUCACCGGUGCACGCUGUCUGGAGUCCCGCGCCUUCUAUAUUCAGGCGAAAGACACAGCAGACAACUUGUUGAAGAGCAACCAGGAGGUCUUCCAGGUGGCCUUCAAUGGGCCUGUGACCUUCACAGUGGUCUCCGCACCCGUGAACCCCGAAGCUAUGGACGGUCUCUACAAAGUUGAGUACCUCGUGAGCGUAGCUGGGGAGUACCGCGUGUCGGUGGCCAUGAAUGGACAGCCCAUCAAGGACAGUCCCUUCCAAUUUAUCGCACGACCUGGCAAGGUGUCGUCCGAGUACUCCACGGUGUCUGGCCUGGGCGCCAUCGAGUUCACUGCUGGAACGGAGCAGACCUUCAUUGUGCAAGCCCGGGACGCCUACUACAAUGCGCUAGAUGAAGAGGUUGGUGAUGUUACUGCCUCGAUCGAUUUUGAGAAUUAUGACACGCUGACUACCAUGAACGUGCUAGAUGACACGCCUUUGAACGAUGCGGAGUUUGGGCGGUAUUUCUAUGGCACAUCCACAUACAUAGGCAGCGGUCAGUAUGAAAUCAAGUACACUGGGCUUCGGGAGGGUUCGCACAAGCUCUUCGUCAAGAUCAAUGGCGGCAACGUCUUCCAGUCGCCCUUCAACAUCAGAGGUUUUUCCGCCGCUGCACCCUACGGACCUAAGAGUCUGUCAGAAAGCUCAAAGCCUCCAGCCACCGCCGUGGCAGGGGACGAGAUCACCUUUCAAGUGCAGCUUCGCGAUCCUUACGGCAACAUCCUGGCAUCUUCACCUGACGGGGCCAUUGUCAUCCGGGUGAGCUCGACGCCGCCUGUGAGCCAGGUGGAUGAGGGCGUUUGCAGUCCAGCCACGAGUGGCAGCACGGGUCUCUUCGAUUGCACGGUGACUCCGACGGUGAGUGGACAGCGCCUGCUGUCGGUACAAGUUGAUGGGGUGGAGAUCUCCAAGCUCGAGACAGAGCAGCUGCUGUCGCAGUUGAACGUGACACAGGGGCCUUUCGCCCUGUUUGUCGAGCCAGCAGCAGUCUCCCCGGCAAACACUGCGGUGUACUACGUGCAGCCAAGCUACCAGGCUGGCGAAACGGUGGAUGCCAUGGUCCAGCUGAGAGACCAGUUCGGCAACAACCGCACCAGCAGCUCUGCGACUUUGCUCUUCCAGGGACGCUUCGGACCGAGCACUUUGCAGUACACCGAUCAUAACGAUGGGACUGUCACCGUGAAGGUGGGAACGCACUUGGCUGGCCAGCAUCCUUUGCAGAUCACGCUGGCCGGCGUUCAGAUCUCCAACACACCCACGCCAGAGAUUCCGGUGUACAGCACGAUCGCCAAGUUCGAUGGCACCGACUGCGCGAUCCCGGCACAGAUCAGCGCCGGCAUCCAACAUCCGUUCCAGUGCUUUCCUCGUGACACCUUUGGCAACAAAGUGGUUGAUAACGACCUCUUCAUCAAGGCGGAGUUUGUGAACAUGGACUUCACUGCGCCUAUUGUGACGGUGGCUGGGGUUUACAGCCUGGUGGACGACAACUACGACUUCCCGCUGCAGAUCAACAAAGUGGGCGCCUACUCUGUGGUGACUCAGCUUUGGGCUCGUGGUGGGCUGAUUGGCCGCUACUACCGCACUCCAGGCUUCCAAAGCUUGGUGUCCUUGCUGUCCGACCGUCCACACCAGGGCUUGGCACUUUUUGAGUACACGAGGGUAGACCCCAAUCUGGACAUCAUUUGGCCAGACAUCCCAGUGGCCACAUGUCCAGAGGACUACUUCUCGGUCCAUUGGCAUGGUUACCUGCUGCCCAAAGCAACGGGGCUACACAGCAUCCGCAUUGAAGCAGAUAAAGGUGCUCGAGUGAUGGUUGGGUCUGAAUGGGUUAUCGACGAGAUCAACUCUGACACGGCGGUGCGAGCUUCCGCACAGGUGACGCUGACAAAUCAUGUGCCUGAAUACAUUGAAGUGCAGUACAAGCAUGCCGCCGGGACAGCCUACGUGCGCCUCUACUGGGCCGCCACAGAGUUCGAGGACGAGCUGGUGCCCAGCCAACAUCUUUUGCACCCGCUGAACGUCCUGCCGCUGGACACUACCACCACCGUGGUGCCUCAAGAAGCGGCAAGUACGUCUGUGGCAUCUGGAGAUGGACUGGCAACUGUCACUGCUGGCCAGGACAAUUCCUUCAUUGUGCACACGCGUGAUUCAGAAGACAAUCCUCGUUCCACGCCAACGACAUCAGUGUUGACUGGAUACCUGGGCCCUGAGCCUGCCGUGACACUCUCCUUCACGUACUUGGGAGGCGGAAAUUACACAGCAACUGUGAACCCGAUCACCUCCGGCGACUUCAACAUGCAUGUGCUGGUCGAUGACAACCCCCAUGAAGCCAUGGCAAACGAGAAUGGCCUGGUGUCCUUCUUCCUGGCGGUAUUUGCGCCGGAGGGCUGGCCCAGUUCCGUUGCUCCGGAGUAUGGCCGCUACCAGCUUUGGGACACCAUCCAGCAGGUGACCUUCUUUGUGAACACCGUAAUUAGCAAGCAGGCCGUGAUGAAAUUUCACGGGGUGGGGGACCCAACAAAGACUCCUGCCGAAGCGACGGCACUGCAGAUGACUAGAGGGCUCCUUGCAACACUGAUUUGCAUGGCGGUGGCAACUCCGCACUUCACCGACCUAUACCGUACGUUUCCAAAGGUCUUCCGCAUGUCCUCGGAAAUGGUCAAUGCAGUGGGCCACUGUGUGGAAAUUCUUGCGGCGAUUUUUACGCAAAUCACAUCAUUUCUCUAUUUGGGCCCUGCAUUGUGUCUGGUGGCUGGCACCAUGUCUGGCGCAGUGCGCUCCGUGAUCCUGCAGCACUUUGCAAAGGGAGGCACUUUGCCAGCAGGCCAAGAGCCGGACUUUGGCGACAUAUCCCUGAAAGAGAGCAACCAGGACAAAGCUGGGAAGGUGUUCGGCCUCUUUGUCGGGGUGGGUCUCCUGCUGAACUUCAUAGGGAUUGGCUCUGGAGAGAAGGCAGAAGAAGCUUCUCUGCAAAGCAGCCUGGAGUGGUUUCUUGUGCUUACGGUACUUCACUUGCUUGGAAAUGUGCAAGCUGUGCGGCAGCUUGCCAUCAAGUCAGAUCAACCAUCCAAGACGGAGGCCAAUGAGAAGACCGGGCAGGGCUUCCUGCGACGGAUGUUCCUCCCGAAGGGCUAUCCAGACACAGUGGUGGCAUCUUAUGCGCGCUACCGCGGAUGGUUGCUGGUGAACGUCCUUGUUGAUUAUCCAAAGCAGGUGGUCACAAGCAUGCUUUUCUGGGGCAACAUCUACGGAGUAGGAAAUGCUGACAGCUCACCUGUGCGAGCUGUCCUGAUUGACAUCUUCAUGAUGACGACAGAUUGUACAGUGGGCCUCAUUGCCGGCCUGCCGAUCUUCUCGCGCAUCUUUGACUAUCGCAAGAAGAAAUGGUGGUACAUUGCGGGCAGUGUCGGCCGUAUCUGUGAUUUUAUCCAGCUGGCCGCCAUCCUGGCACCGAGCUGGUUCUUCGUUCUCAUCGUCACUGCUCGCGCUGGAUGUGCUUUCGCAGCCACGUCCAACAGCCGCAUUGCGGGAGCCGUUCCGCCUGCCUUGAUGCGGAAGGAGUGCGCAGAUCGAAAGGAAGUUGAACUGAUUCAUGUCAAUAUCGCAAGCAGCAAUCAGGAGAGAGCCGUCGGACUUCCAUCUGGCACUCUGUGUAUAGCUUUCCUUUACUACAUGGUCUUUUCCGGAUGGCAGCCCAGUCUUCGACUGCAAGUCCUGGCUUACGUCUUUCUUCAGGCGUUGAGCUUCCUCGCCAUGUGGGGCUCGUACAAGAACCUGCCGCCUUUGCCAGGUGAAGCGGACUUGUCCGCGCCGCUGGUGGCGCGGCGCACAUCGGAGGUGUACUGGGAGGAGCAGAAUGACUUGGACUCAGAGCUCCUGAACUCCUACAGCGGCCCUGCUUCGGCAAAUCCAGUACGUGUUGACAUCGUGGGCUCGCCAUUCAUGCCACGCGUACUUCCAGGGCCAACCAGUGCAACCCACAGCAAAAUCACCGGCACCGGCCUGGAAUAUGCGGAAGCUGGCGUGGAGGGCGUAUUCUAUGUGACGCUACGAGAUGCCCAGCUGAACGAGAGGGGUACCUCGAUCGGAGAGCCAGUCACCCUGGAUGAUAGCAGGAUGACCUGUGCAGAUCAGGGUUUAGGAGUGUACAGGUGCUCCUAUCUCAUCACUGAGGCACAAGUUCUCAACGUGGUACUGCGAGUGAACGGACAACCUGUGAACCCCGAUGCGCCACACACCUUCCCGCUGACCAUCAAUCCUAAGCCUAUCGACUCCACCAGCGGGGUGAGCUAUGUCUAUGCCUUCACCACCUUCUUCCCCGAGAUCAGAAGGAGCACAGACAACACAGUCGUCUUCCAGGUUAGAGACGAGUUUGGGAACGAUGUACCAGACCAGGGUAACAAUUUUAUGAUUUGCGAAGCAGCUGGUCCGGAGCAGAAGACGCCUCCCUUUCAUCCGCCCCUGGAUGUAGUGAGAUAUGCCCCCGGCCUGUUCCGAGUCAACCUAAGACUCGAGACGUCUGGCCUUCACCAGGUGAGUUGUUAUGCUCUGAACAAGGGUGGGAUCAAUGCGCGGUACUUCAACAACCGCUGGGUGGAGGGCGUGCCGGCGAUCUCCCAGGUGGACACCGCUAUCGAUUUCAACUGGGGCGAAGGUUUGGUCACCGCUGACUCCUCGGACUAUGCCUCGGCGCAGUUCGACGGGUACCUGCAGGUUCCGACCGCGGCCAACUACACGUUCUACAUCACCGCCGAUGACGGCGCCAAGAUGUGGCUGGAUGACGAGCUCAUCUUGAGCCAAGAUACUGCGGGGCAAUACCAGACCCUGCGGCCCAUUGAGCUCUCGGGGUCCAGGCUUUAUCAUGUCCAGGUGAUGUACUACGAGCGCACGGGUUUUGCCCGCAUGCGCUUGGAGUGGUCCAGUGAUCAAGGUCUCCUGCGCGAAGUCAUCGCUCAGGACUCCUGGUUCCAUUCAAGAAGCCGGCUGGGCCUCUUCCCGCAGUCGGUGCUGGUGUACGACAAGCCAGGACCAGUCGAGGCCUUUUACCAUCAUGACUUUGAGUAUGAUGUGAACCACUUGUCUUGGGUGCCUCCUCAAGAUAACGGAGCAAAGCCAAUCCUGCUUUACCGGCUUUACCGAGAUGACGGGAUGGGAGGGGCAAUCGAUAAUUCGCUGGCUUUGCUCGAUGCGAACACCUUCUCCUACUCGGACACCGGUCUUGUCACCGGACAGGUCUACUACUAUAGGAUUAUGGCAACGAAUGGUGAUGAUGGCGAGCCAGUGACAAUCUCGGCACAGCCUUCGGUACCCCCAGUGCAGCCCGAUCCGGCGCUGCUGGUGAGAACGGACACCGGCAGCAUGACCUUCCUCUUCACCCCGCUGACCGGGGCGCCCUCGGGUUGGUCCCCGACGGUUCGCUAUACUCUCUACCGCAAUGAUGGUCUUGGUGGUGUGCUACGGUUUUCCUAUGAGGGUGAUAUGGAUGGAACCUCUGACGUGGAACUGACAAUCGGUGGACUUGUUGAAGGCCGACAGUACCUGUUCCAAACCUCCUACUGGAGCCGCAUCGGACAAAGCCCACUGAGCGAAGUCACGGCGGUGGUGUGCUGCGAGUUCCGCAAGCCCGGCAGCCCGCCGAUCAACUUGCGCCGCGAGGGCGACCAGGGCAACGAGAAGAUCUCACUGGCCUGGGACGCUGUGACGGACAUUGGGUCAUCAUCAUUGAUAUAUUACAGACUCUACAUGGAUGACGGUUACACGGAGAUAUCCAAAAACACGGCCUCUGGAACCACGACGACUGAGUUCUUCGAGUUUCUGACCGCUGGCAACCCUUACAGAUUCGCCGUGGCCGCAGUCAAUGCAGCUGGUGAAGGCCCCCGCAGUGAGCGCAUUACUCUCACGGCCUCAGAUGUUGCAGGGCAGCCAUAUGAUGUUGCGUCAACGUAUCAGUCCAGCUACCGCAUUGACCUCUCUUGGAAGAAGCCGCUUCUCACGGGUGCAUCCGGAAUGAGUGGUUACAAAGUCUGGGUGGAUGAUGGCAAUGGCGGCUCCAUUGCCAACCUGAUUUGGGAUGGAGGAACGAAAGCUGCUACGUUGUACUACUCGUGGCAGCCCGUCUUCUCGGACGGCACAGUUGCCCUGCUGGCUGGCCACACGUAUCGCUUCCAAGUGCAGAGUGUGAAUCCCACCGGCGACGGUGCGAGAUCCAACAUCUUUUCUAUUGUGGCAGCCUCAAAGCCUAGUUCCCCCGGAAGGCCAUCGGUGGACAGGGCUUCAACAUCGUCCUCUGCUGUACACCUCUCAUGGGCUGCUCCAGACAAUGGAGGCUCCCCCAUCCUCGGGUAUGUUGUUGAGAGGAAGACCUCCCCCACCACUGACUGGAUUCAGCUGACAACAGCCGGCGACUACUACACCUCGACCAGCUACAUCGACACCCACAACUUGGUGGCAAGUGCCUUCUACAUCUAUCGGGUCUCCGCAUUCAACUUGGUGACAGUUGGUGAGACGCUGUACUCGCCCGAGGCAACCAUCCCAGCAGCUGCUGUUCCAACUGCUCCCACCGUCACAUUUGUCACAUCCACUGAGACGACGAUUACAGUCUCCUGGGAUAUCCCCGCUUCUGAUCUCACUGUGACAGGAUUCAGGCUUUAUGUGGACAGUGUUCUGAAGUAUGACGGUGCAGGCGUUAGCACCGUCCGAACGUUCACACUGGCGGGCUGCACAACAGGCAACAUGCAUGACUUCCGAGCCACAGCCAUCAGUGACGCUGGCGAAUCUACUUACUCAGCUUCUUUGCCUCGAUAUUGCGCCAGGCGGCCAUAUCCACCAUUACAACCAUCUCUGAAGACGACAACACUCCUCACAGUGGAAAUCCAAUGGAUGGCUCCAGCAAACAAUGGCGGGAUGCCCAUCGCUGGCUACAAAAUUCAACGCUCCAACCAUGACGUCUAUUUCUUCGGCACUGUCCAGUGCCUUCAGACAGACGGAUCAUACUUGACCAUUCUGCCGGAGAAUAUGCACUCUUGUCUGGAUGACACUGCAUUCUUCUGCCCGCAGCGAAAAUGCAAGUAUCGGGUUUUGGCCAUAAACGGGAUUGAAGAUGAUAACUUCGCCGACGUGUCGCCAUAUCUCGUGGCGACUGCAGCGGAUUUGCCCAACCCCCCUGCGGAGGUGACAAGGGAAGAUCCACCAGAGACCAAGACUGCCAUCGAGGUGCUUUGGUCACCUGUGACCCUCGACGCUGACACUGGCGGCUCUUUGGUAAUCGGUUACCGAGUGUACGCCAACACGGGCAUUGAUGACAGCCUCUCCCUGGUCUUUGAUGGCUCAGGAAGCCCCUCUGUUCGUUCCUUCAAGCAUACCGGGCUCGUUCCUGGCAGGCGGUACUGGUACCAGGUGGCUAGCGUCAGCAGCGUGGGCGAGGGUUUGCGCAGCAACAUUUCCACCUUUCUGGCCGCGGAGCCACCGGCAGCUCCCCUGCAGCCGCGUUUUGUGACCGCCGACUUUGGGUCCAUCACCAUUGGCCUCGACCCGCCGCCCUCGGACGGCGGCUCCCCCAUUGUCCGUUAUGCUAUCUACCACAAUGACGGAACGGUGAACGGCCUGCUGACUACGCAGGUGUUGGUUUGUGACAUGUCCCGCACAGACUUUGAGGUGCCAAACCUUCUGCUCGGGCGUGACUACCAGAUCCAGAUCCAAGCACAUGCUGACUGCCCCUCCGGCACUGGUACUUCCCUUCAUGCUUUUGACACGGACGGCAUUUGUGUGGAUGACACUGCCUGCACCCUCCCAGGAGCCAGGAGCGGAAUUGCGCUCUAUACCACGACCGAUGUGCCCGACAUCGUCGCUCUGUCAAAGGUGGAUGGCAGUCAGACCCGAUCGACCGUGACAUUUAGGUGGAGUCCACCGGGGACAGAUGGAGGAAGCCCCAUCACCAGCUACGAGCCGUACCGCGACGAUGGGCUUGGCGGUGACUUCGUGCGUGUGGAUGUGCUUCCCACGAACUACUUCGAGGUGGAUACUGACCUAUCAGAAACUGGGAACGAGUACAAGUACUCCGGCUUGGUCACGGGUCGGCGCUACAACUUCUUCAUGGCGGCGUGCAACAAGCGCGGUUGCCGCAGCGGCACUAUCCUUGGGCCUUUGACGGCAGCAGCGCCACCAAAUCAGCCAGAUCCGCCAGUGGCAACUGCCACAUCUGCGAGCCCCGCUGUGAUCAACUUCACCUGGAGUCCACCGGACAAUGGCGGCAUGCCCAUUUUGAAGACGGAGAUUCAGAGGGAUGACGGCCAGGAGGGCCUGUUCUCCGUGCUCGCAGAGGUGAGUGCACCUGAUUUCACCUACUCAGACUCAACCGUGGUCGCUGGCUACACCUAUCGGUACAGGAUUCGAAUCCAUCACGAGCAGUCGGCGAGCGAUUUCAGCAACUUGGCCACCUUCGUGGCAGCAGGCCUGCCAUCGCAACCCACUGCUGUCACGCUGGUGUCGCAGUCGCAGUCCAGCAUCACUGUCUCUUGGACCACGCCCACUGCCAAUGGGGCAGACAUCUACCAGUUUAUCCUUCGGCGCGAUGAUGGCCUUGGCUCCACACUCACUCAAAUCUAUCGUGGUGCGGCAACAACAUUCCAGAGCAACGACCUGGCCACCGGUCGCUACUACUCCUUCACCGUUGCGGCCCGGAAUGCAGCAGGUGAAGGCCCCGAGAGCGUGGUGCAGAGAUUUCUUUCGGCUUCGAUGCCGAGCCCUGUCGGCCAGCCGGUUCUGACCACGUCUUCCUGCUCUGGGGGGUCGGUCAGCUUCAAAUGGACCGUUCCAGAGGACGAUGGUGGAUGCCCGGUGAUUCGCUAUCGAGUUCUGCGAGAUGGCACUCCCACGGGCACAGAGGUGCCGUCAACAACCAUUACCUACUUCACAGCAGGCCUUGAAUGUGCAACUGCAUAUACCUGGAGCGUCCAAGCAAAGAAUUGCCUGGACACGUGGGGCAGCGACUCACCCUACUUGGAGACCUACACGGCAUCCCUCCCUGGUCAGGUGACAGGAUUGAAUGCCACCCACGUGUCUGCGACGGAGCUUCUGUUCAACUGGAUGCCCCUUCUCGGCACCACGGAGAUUGGUUCCACUGAUUACGGCAUUUUGAAGGGCUACGAGCUGUGGAUGGACGACGGGCUUGGAGGCAAGUUUACCCGCGCGUACGACGGCUACAACAAGCCCUUCGAGACCUACUUUGUGGCAACUGGUUUGGUGCCAGGGAGGACCUACCGCUCUUACGUGCGUGGAAUGAACGUGGUCGGCGCGGGUCCAGACUCCGACGUGCUGUACCGUGCCAUGGCCGUGGAGCCGUCUGCCCCCAGCGACCUGCAGGUCUCGUCUGCGGGCGCCGAGACAGUGCUGUGCACCUGGAAGCCGCCCCAGAACAACGGCGGGGAGCCUGUGCUUCACUACGUGCUGGAAUACGCACCAGAGCCGCUCUUCAACACAUGGCAGGAAGACGGGCCGUACCCAGAUAACACUCAGUUCACCAAGCUGAUCUACAACCUGAACCAGGGAACAGUGUAUCAGUUCCGCAUCAAGGCGGUGACAAAUGCGGGAGGUGGCUCCUACUCCAACGUUGUUUCGCAUGUGGUGGGCACUGCUCCCACAGCAUCCCCCACUGGCCUGACUCGUGCCGCAACCACUUCAGUCUCAAUGACUUGGGCGUGGUCUCCGCUGCCAGUCGCAGAGACUGGUGGUGCUCCCCUGGGUGGGUACCGCUUGUACAUGAACUCUGGACGAGAUGACCUCACUUCGUUGGUCUACGAUGGGAGUGACAAGCCUUCAGCCACAGAGUUCACUGCCACGUCUUUGGUGUGCGGCAGAGUGUACAAGGCAGAGGUGUCGGCCGUGACCAGCAUCGGUGAAGGCGCUCGCAGCGCAGUCGCUGCCUUCAAGCUGGCACACACGCCAUCACAGCCUCGUUCAGCGAGGGCGGUGGCAAGUAGCACAAGCUCGAUCACGCUGGCCUGGGACAUUCCGGAGAGCACCGGCUGCACUGAGCUGGAGUUCUACCGCAUUGAGAGGGACUCAGGGCAAGGCUUUCAAGCCAUCGCAAAUGUGUCUACUCCAGUGCAAACGUACACGGACAGCGAUUCGCUGAGUCCUGGUCAAAUGUACAUCUACCGCAUCGCAGCGCGCAACGAAGCCUUGGAAUAUUUUGGGUCUCACAGUUCUCAUGUCACUGCAUUUGCUGCGUCCCUGCCGGGUCUGACACAGAAUCUGGGAUAUGUUGCCUCCACCAGGACAUCUAUCACCCUGAUGUGGGAGCCUCCCGCUGACACUGGUGGCGCCAUGGUGGACUUCUACCGCGUCCAAGCUGACGACGGACUUGGCGGUUCCUUUGGUGAUGUCGCAGUAGUCGCUGGCACCUACACGACCGUGGAGUAUUUGACGCCGGGAAGGCCGUACCGAUUCAGGGUAGCGGCAGAGACUGUGGUCGGAACCGGGCCCUACACGGCCGUCUUCCAGCAGGUUGUGGCCGCUGUGUCGGGGAAUCCACAAACUCCGCUGGUGGAGACAAUCGACGGAUACACGGACCGCAUGCGAGUUACCUGGAACGAGCCGUUGGAAAAUGGUGGCUCAUUGACGCUGGGCUACAAAGUCACAUUCGACGGCCACUGUGACCGGUACGACGGCACCAGUGUAUCUUCAAUCACAUCAGUGCAAAUCAUUUGCUCCACUGGAAAGCAUCACUUCAUUACAGUGUCUGCGCGCAACAUUGUGGGCUGGGGCGGUCCGAGCCCAUCGGUGUCGCGGGUUUGCGGCGCCGAGCCAUCUGCUCCGGUGAACUUGAGGCUGAAGAUGAACACACCGGCAAAGCCCUUGGACAUGGUUGACCAGCGAACACCAAGCUCGAUGACCAUUGAGUGGAAUGAUCCGCAGAUGGAUGGAGGGAGUGUUGUCAAGUCUUACCAGCUCUACCGUGAUGCUGGGGACGCCUCGGGCAUCUACACUUUGGCUUAUGUUGGCAGCAAGCGCAGUGCCACCAUCCACUCCUUGACCAACGGUCGCACCUACCGCUUCUAUGCCGUAGCCGUCAACGAUGUGGGAGCAGGAGAUCGCACUAGCGUCUUCGCAGCGGAGAUGCGCUGCACUCCGCGCGCGCUGGUGGCCGCACCGUACAAGGUUUCUGGCAGCCCAUGGUCCCUGUCUCUGGCCUGGCCAGAGACAGCAGACAACUGCGGCCGCGCAGUGUCUGGCUACCGGAUCUACCGCGACGGCAAUUUGGUCCACCCGCUCUCCAAUCAGUUUACUGCUAUGCCAAUGCUGGUGGGCCUUGUAGGCACAGAUCAAAUAACUCUGCGAUUCACUGCUGGGACAUCUGGCUCUGCCUGGGCCAUUGUUGUGGCCGACGACGACAGCUUGUACACUCCAGCGCCCACCUCAACUCCGUCAAAGGUGAAGGCAGGUGAUGGUGCAAUCGGGCGGCCGAGUUGUCGUGCCACAUCGGUUCCUAUGACCGCCGACGUUGCACAAGAGCUUCUGAUGCAUGGCUGCGGCAUGAUGGGCAUGGGCUGGUACUCAGUUUUCGCCUACGUUGAAGCGUAUGACGGUUUAGACAAUGAUGGAGCCAUGUUUGGACCUUUGCGGUUCCAAGUGCCUGCGGCCUCCAACUUCUUUGCCGUUGAGCCAGCUGUCUCAUCUCUGACAAAGGAUGGCCUCACCGUCACGUACACACCAACAGCCUCCGCAGGCAUGAGCUACGUGAUGAUUGCAGCCGAAGCAGAUCAUGCAACACUCACUCUGCAGAACAUCAAGGCCUUCAUGAGCGCUGUUGGGGACGCCACUUGCAAGUGGAGCGGCUUCGUCAGCCACAUGCAAGCAAGUGUAAUGCUUACUGGCUGUCGUUUGUACGGGGGCAGCAAAUACCGCCUGUUCGUGUACGUGGAGGACGGCAGCAUGCGUGACGACGGUGUGCUGGCCGACCUCAUCGAGCUGGACGUGCCACCAUCAAACGACUUCACAGGAGCUUACCCUUAUCCAAGACUCGACGCUACGCCCACCACCAGCACAGUAUCCAUUGAGUUUGAGCCACGGGAGGCCAGCGGCAUGCUAUGGGCUGUGGUGCUCCCUGAGAUUGAAGCACUCUCUGCGACGGUCGCUGGCAUCAAAGCUCAGACAGGUGCACUUUGCUUCAAAGCCGGCCUGGCGAUCGCAGCAGGGCUGCAGAGCUUCGCCGUCGAGAACUGCGCGCUGAGCCUGGAGGUUUUGUACAAGGCAGUAGUGUACAUUGAAGAUGGCGCUGCAGACAAUGACGGCGCCAUCGGCCCUGGCAUCGACGUCAUGGUGCCAGCGAACGGCACAACAAACUCCCUCGCAGCGUAUCCAAAGCUGGUAGUCAUUGGUGGUGCCGUGGCCAGCUCUGAUGGCAUCACCUUUACCUUUGCCGCCGCCAGUGCUGGGCGGCUUUGGGCCAUGGUGGUCCCCGACCACGUCGGUGACUGCAUGACCGUGAGGGCCAUGAAGUUCUUGCGAGAUGCGCUUUGCAGCAGAUGGAAUUAUGUCAUCAACGACCAGACCCAAACCAUCACUUUGACUGGAUGCAAUCUGAAAGGUGGCGACGAGUAUCGCCUCUUCGUGUACGUCGAGGGGCCCUACAACAGUGACGACGGCGUGCUCGCACCGGCCAUUCCGUUCUUGGUGCCCGUGACCAAUACCUUCACGGUCCAGCCGGUCGUCACUGGGGACUUGGUGUCUCCGGAUGGCUUCUCCCUGACGUUCACGGCCUCAGAGACCGAGGGCAAGGUGUGGGCCAUGGUCGUUGCAAAUAUCCACGAGCAGUGGGUGGACCCCAACGCCAUCAAGGUUGGCACCUACUCGUUGGGAAGUGCACUUUGUCAUGUUCAGAGUCAAAUCAUCGGUGCGACAGCCGAGACCAUCGCAAUGACACAAUGUGCGUUGCAAAGAGGAGUGUCUUACAAGGCAUUCGUUUAUGUGGAGGGCUUGAACUCAACCUACACGGACGGACAAGCAUCAACACCAGUAACGGUGCUCGUGCCGCCCGUCUCCAUGAAGUUCCAGUCAGAGCCAGCACUGACGGCAUCGGAGCUGACCUCCCACAUAGCGUUCCAGUUCACUGGGGAGGCAACAGACCAAGGAGCUGCUGCAGUGGUGGCCGGACAUCUUUGGGCCAUGGUGGUCACAGAUGCGCAGGCGGCCUAUGUGAGCCGAGCAGCAGCGACUAAUCUGACUGGCGCCUUGGGAGGUUCCAAUUGCCAAGUUGAUGGGCAGAGCACUGUUGGUGGAAACUCAGUGGUGACGCUCAGCCAGGUGCCCGUGGCUCUUUCAGACUGCCAGUUGCGUCACGGGACGGCCUACCAGUUGGUGACAUACUUGGAGGACACGCAGCUUCGCACGGACGGAACCUUGCACUUCACCAAGAUCAAGACACCCCCAGGUACUUCCAACACGUUCACAGAGUUGCCCGUGGCAUCUCGCAACGCCUCAGCCGAGACUGAGGUUUGGGUGAACUUCACGGCCAGCACUGCUGGAAGAGCCUGGAUCAUCGUCUUGGAUGCAGGGUCUAUAGGUUCUGCCACUGCGACCUCCGUGAUGGAUGGCAGCGGUGCGGUGGGCGGCUCCCUCUGCCAGAGCACCAUCGACAUUGACACUACACUGGUGACCAUGGAUUGCACAUUGUCCUACUCCAUGGACUACGCCGUCAUGGUAUACGUGGCAGAUGCCGGCUGGCAUGACGAUGGCUCUUUGGCAGCUGCAACCUUGCUGGCAUAUGGCGUCACCCUCGAGGCCCAAGACAAUGCAACUGAUGGCCUGGUUUCGCCGGUGAUACCUGGCAGAUCCAACUACUUCCUUGAGGUGCCCUCGUUGGUAGCUGCGUCAGUGACCACGAACAGCUUCAGCGUGUCCUUCUCCGCCGCGAAUGCAGGGCUGGCCUGGAUCAUUGCCAUCCCGGCGAACGAGGCAUCAUCCACGGAUAUCAUGACUGUCGUGACCGGCUCCACAGCCAUUUGCACUGCUGCGAGCGCGAUCUCCGGGAGUGGCGCCACGGUCUACCCGGUGUCCUCUUGCAGCUUCACAGCUGGCUGGAACUAUGCUGUGCUGGUCUACGUGGCCAACCAAGCUGGUGGAUAUGACGGCGCCCUCUCUGCGGCGGUGCCCUUGAGGAUUGAGCCUUCCAACAACUUCCUGGUGUUGCCAUACCUGACGGAGGUGCCUUCCACCAACCAGGUGAAAACCAAGUUCCAAGGCAGCGCUGCCACAGGCAAGGCCUGGGCAUGCGUGGUGCGGGCUGAAAAUGCUACAAGCAUGACCGUGACCGAUGUGAAGAGUGGCUGCGAUGGCUGCCAGUCUGGAGAGGUCACUUUGACGAGCACCGCGGAGCUGGAAGUCACGCUUGCAGGGUGCAACCUGGAGAUUGGCGCCGAGCACAAGCUCAUCGCUUACUCGGAGGACACGACCAACUCCAACGACGGUUUCCUGUCCAUGGACCUGUCGCUGCAAGUUCCAACCUCCAACUCCUUCGUGUCACCAGUGGUCAUGAUGGGCGACGUCAGCCCGUAUGGUUGCUCUCUUCAGUACGAGGUGGCCAAGUCGGGGAAGGUCUGGGGCCGAAUCAUCAACUACGAUCAUCACCCGUACAUGGGCGUCGACUGCAUUCGCAACAACAACCCAGCAAUUGCCGUCGGAGGUCCUUCGUGCCAGAUUGAGGCUGACACCGUCACUCGUGGUAUCCACACGAUGGUGUUCGACUGGUGCAACCUAACAAAGGGCCACAGCUACGAGGUCUCAGUCUAUGUUGAAGACAACAACGGCAAUCAGGAUGGCACCCUUGGCGAGGUCAUCAUAUUUGUUGUGCCGGCUUCAAACUGGUUGGCCACACCGAUGAUAUUGACCAGCACUCCCAAGACCAGUGACGUGUCCUUCUCCUUUGCUGCCGGGGCGGUGAUCGGACGAGCUUGGGCCCAGAUUAUGCUCCUCAACAAUGCAGCCAUUGCUACUGUAGCGGACAUCAAGGCAGCAACUUAUGCAGUUGGCACUGCCAGCUGCCGGCAAGACGAUGUCAACAUUGGCACCAGCAUGCUGUACUGGAGCCUGUCCGGCUGUGGUCUUGUGCCUUCCGUUGAGUACAGCACAGUGCUCUACGUGGAGGACAUGAACGGCUUGAACGACGGCUCAAUGGCAAACAUUCUGACAGUGGUUCCAAGCAGUAUCAGCAAUUACUUCGUUGAAGUCCCGCUGCCGGUCUCAAACGUCACUUCGGAUGGCGUUACCCUUGGCUUCACAGCCUAUGCAGCCAGCGGCAUGGCCUGGGCGAUGGUUCUGGAGGUUGGGACACAGCCGGCCAGUGCUGCGGAGGCCAAACUCUUGCAGAAUUCUGUGGGUGGAGCUGGUUGCAAGCCCUCCGAGAUGCUGAUCGACAACUCCAGGCAAUCGCUGGAGCUUGACGACUGCGAUCUGGUGCCAGGUCACAGCUACCAGGCGCUGGUUUACGUUGAGGCCGCCGUCGGAGGAGUCGCUGGUGUUUGGUCCACUGUCCCCAUCAUGGCACCGCUGGUGGAAGAAGUGGAGGAUCCCUUGGCACGAACUUACACAGACUUGGGAGUCAGCUCCGGUGAGGACUACGUUUACAACGUUCGCGCCGUGAACUUCAUCGGCGUCGGGCAGCCAUCUCCAGCUUCGGCCUCGAUUCGGGCUGGAAAUGCCCCUGCGGCUCCCGGCCUGCCCAUCAUCGCAUCACGGGCUUUGACAUCACUGACCGUGGAGUGGGCCCCGCCUUCCCCUUUGGGAUCUGAAAUUUUGAGCUUCCGGCUCUACAUGUCUGGCCCAUUGGAUGGUGGAGUGUACCAAGAGAUCUACAAUGGCCCGGACACGGCUUUCACCAAGGCCAUGCUCUCCACUGGCACCGUGUAUUACUUCCGGGUAUCUGCGGUGAACCACAUUGGUGAGGGCCAGCGCAGUGCGGCGAGAGAAGCAGCUGCCUGUGUUCUGCCGUCUGUGCCAAGCAACUUCACGGUGAAGUCCAGGUCAACCCUGGGAGUCACAGUCCAUUGGUCAGCCCCGCUCGCAGAUGGCGGUUGUCCGAUCACGGCUUACAGGGUGACUCAGGAUGGCGCGGUGGCUGCCACACAGGAACAUGCAGAGUACUCGCUACCCAUGGUGGUGCCAGCGCAGACAUAUACCUUCAGUGUCCUGGCGGAGACGCGCGUCGGGGUUUCGCCCAGCACGGCCACCAUGAGUGUCGUUGCAGCGGAAGCACCGGCAAAGGUCAUCGGGCUCCAGAUCGUCUCCAUGUCCACCAGCGGCAUCCAGCUGGGUUGGCUCGGGGUGCCGAGCGAUCUCAGCGGAGGGGUUCCCGUGACUGGGUAUCGCGUCUACAUCGGGGCCGUUGACCAGCCCUACACGUCCUGGGGUGAGACCAACAGCCUCACGACCCAAGCCUUCGUGGACCGGUUGGUCGCGGGAGGCUGGGAGCUCUCGCUGCGCUCUUUGCCCUUCCCGCGGACACCUUGCGACUUCCAGAUUCGUCUUCAGUAUCCGCCAUGGCGGCUUCAGGAUGUUGAGCGGGCUGGGAUAGAGGAGGAUGGCGUUCCUCGCAUUCGCUUCAAAGGAGGGCACUCCGUGGGCAAGGUUCAGGUCGGUCGGGGCUACCAUGACUUCGACGAGUACACUCUCUCUGCCAUUGAGGUUCAUGCUCCGAGUGAGCACACGCUGCGGAAAGCCAGCUGGGCCCUGGAAGUGCAAUUUUGGCACGAGCCACUGCCGCUGAGCCGCACGCACGACCUCAUGCAGCACACGCAGCAGGUACUCGAGGACCUGGGCGACACGGACAGUCGCUUCGCGGCGCUUGGCAGGGCCGAGGCAGCUCUCCGCAAGCAACUGAACGGGCAAAACGCGCCGUGGACGCGGGCAGCUGGCUUCACGAGCUCAAAGCAAGCUCUGGAUUGGGUGGAUGCUGCCAAAGAAGACGUCGCAUCCGUAUCUUCCUUGCUCAAGCAGGAUACCAAGGCUCUGCUUGGGCAAACCGACAAACUCCGGGAGGAGGUUGCAAAGCUGGUGAAAGCACAGAAUCGAAAAUUUGCAGGGCACCGUGUCGUGGUCUCGAUGUUCAUUCUGCGAGCCUCACCAGUUUUUCUGGGCGAGAUGAAUGGAACGGCUACUCCAUUGGUGAGGUGGCUGCGAGAGGCAUUAUCCUUCCAUCAAAUGCAGGACGCUCCCCCGCUCGAGCUACAAGCAAUACUGGGUGACAGGAGUGACCUCUACGGCUACGAAGGCAGUGUUCCUCGGCCACCCUGCACACCUAACGUGCGGUGGUUCAUCGUAGGCGAGCCUCAGCCUUCGGCCAUCGAGCAGCUGUCAGUCCUCCUCCAAGAGACUCGGCUGGCAGAUGCCGUGCACGGCAAUGCCAGACAGGUGCAGCCGUUUGGCCCGUCCAGGAGGCUUUUCUCGGUGCACAUGGACUGGGAGGCAUUUGAGGCACCGCCGAUCCCGAGGCAGGAGUCCCUCUCGCCGGGGAGGCAAAAGAUGAUCCUAGUAGAGAGAUACUGCAAGGUCUUUGUCCUUUGCUCUGUUUUUCUGAUGUGCACUCCGCUGGUUUUCCGCUUGCACAGCAGCUGUUCUACCGCUGACGACGACGAGGAGGAGGACGAAGCGUCGCCGUUGAAUCGAACGGAGAACGCAUGGCGCAUGCAGGCAUCCAGCUCCAAGGAAGCACUUGCAGGUCACCCUGCCCCUGGAGAGCAAGCUGGGAUCGAGCGGCAUGCGUGA